AUGACAAUCUACAGAACCCCAGCCUCUCUCGCAGCAAGCAAUUGCUACAUCUACAGGCCCUCCGAUAAAACACGCUUCGUCACCCUCGCCCUCGUGCCCGUCUGGAAGAAAAUCCUAGCAGCCGCUACGGCUGCCAACCUUAAGCAGGUUAGCUUAGAGCUAGGUGGGAAAAAUCCAGUUGUUGUUUUUGAUGAUUGCGAUUUGGAAAAGGCUGUCACGGAGACGGUGGAGAGUAUUCUUCGGGACACGGGACAGGACCGUAUAGUUUGUAGGCAUAUUUCUGUGCAGGAGGGUGCUUAUGAUAAGUUUGUUGAGGCUUAUCGGGAUGCGAUGGAGGUGAGGGCGAAGGAGUUUGGUGAUGUGAAUGAUCUGAAGACAAGGUUUGACCCGCUUCUGGACGAGUUGCAGUCCGAUCGAGCUUUGAAGCAAGGCGAUGGAAAGCUUUUGACGAGGAGCAGUCCGUUGGGUUUCUGGUUCCUUCCUACAGCCUUUAUCGAAGUCGCCGAAGAGUCCGAGAUCACAACUAAAGAGAUCUUUGGCCCGGUGUAUAUCAUCAGAGAGUUCAAGGAAGGUGAUCGAGUCAUUUCUCGAGCUAAUAACAGCGACUAUGGACUAGCUGCUGGUGUUUUCACACGCGACAUCAAUAGAGCUCUGCGUGUUGCUGGUGAGUUUGAGACUGGGAUGGUUGGAAUCAACUGUAUAAGCCACCUCUUUCUCAACAAACCUUUUGGCGGGUAUAAAUAA